AUGGGCUUUGAGAGCAGUACUCCUGAAUUGGUUGAAGAUUUGUUAAAUAGGGCCAAGAUUUUAAUGGACAAUUCUAUCUGUAUUUCGUAUAGUAAUGUUGAGAGAAGGCACAAAGGGUUUUUGUGGAUUUUGCUUAGUAGGUGGGGUUGCCCCCCAUACCCAGCUUCAAAUGAGCUUUUGGCAGCUUUUUUUGCUUGGUUAGAACUUUUCAAGAGGGUUGUGGAGAUGCCAACUUGCUUGAUGGCAAUUGCUAGAGAGUACAAG